CUGGCAGCUCCAGGAGCAUCCCUGAGCACCCACAUCACCCCUCUGAACGCUGUCCUCUGCUCUCCUCACAGAUUCCCAGCACAGAGAGGCCCCAGGGCCCAGACGAGUCCCUGGCACCAGAGGUUUGUGUGGGACGAGGAGCGCGACCGGGGCACCCCGAGCCCCACGGGGACACAACCCUUUGCCACAAGAUGCUUUUCCCAUCCCUGCUGCAGUCUGUGGUCGGGGCCAGCAGCUGCUGAGAUGGCACAGAGCGCUGAGCUGCAGCCGAGCUUCCAGGACCUGUUCAAUAUUCUGUCCCAGGCCCCACCAGAGAAACUGCUGAGCCUCAAACUCAAACUGAAGCGCUUCACACCUGGGCCCUGCAGCAAGUUACUGCAGGCUAUGGUCCUGCUUACUCUGGGGCAAGAAACGGAUGCAAGAAUUUGUCUGGAUGACUUGAGGGAUACCCAGGCAGCCCAGUACAUCCACCAGAUCAAACUGGGCGCUGCAGGAGCGCGGGAGGACGGGGAGGAUUUGCAGCCUCCCCAGCUGGAUGCAGGUGCCGUGGCACUGCUGGCACAGGCGUACGCGGUGCUGGCACAGGAAAAGCUGUGCAGUCCCGAGGCCAGGGACAAAGCCUGCCAGGCUGCUCAGCGGGGUCCACUCAACAGCAUCCCAGCCGAGGAACAGGACAAACAGGGCUCUGCAGCCAGCAGGGGCUCAGGGGACAGGCUCUGGACGCUGAGGUCCCAUGAGGACGCAGGAUUUCCCCACACAGCCAGCUCCCACCACGUGGCGAGGAGUUCACCACUGCAGAUUGGAGGCAACUCAGACUUUUCAGGCCCACGGACCUUGUGCUCUGUGGGGAGCUCCUCCCUGUCCAGCUGUCUGGAGAUCAGUGCAUCACCAACAGGUGUUUUUCACACCCAGCCCUGUGUCCCCGAGUGUGUGCCCUGGUCCAGCCGUGCUGGACACCGUGACAGGGACGCACAGAGCCACGGCCCGCAGGAAUCCAGCUGGCCCAGCACAGCCAGCCCCUGCCCUGGGCAGGACACAGCUGCACAGGGGCCCCAGCCAGAGGAGGCUCUGCAGGUCAGUCCCUGCCAUCCCACCCCUCUCCCCAUUCCGGAGACGCCGCUGCCCUCGGAGCCUGCCCAAAGCAGAGAUGUGUCCAGCACAGUGACAGAGCCUCACACACCAAGAGAAAAGCAGGAUGAAAAGCGAUUAUCUACUGGUGUCCCUGACCCAAGGGCUGCAGUGGAUACUGCUCCUUCCCACGAGUCCAUACAGGAUUCCUACAUUCCAGCAGGCAUUCCCUGUAACUCUGCACCUGCUUCUACUUCAACCUGUUCCCUUCCUCCUCCCACCUAUUCCAUAUCCUCAACCCUUCCUCCUCUUCAGGAAUCUCACUCCAACCUAUUCCAUACCCCUCCCCUGCACUCAUCCCUCUCUCCAGCCCGGCCUCCUGCUCUCUCAGCUGUGGAUCCAUCAGAGCCAGAUGGUGCCAAGUUCUUCACGUUUGUUGUCCUGCACGCCAGUGAAGAUGAGAUUGUGGCCCACCGGGUCAAGAACCUGCUGGAGAGCAUGGGGGUGUCCAACGGUGCCACGCUCAGUGAGGAUUUCUUCAUCGCCGGACGCAGCCACAUGAUUUGCUUCCAGGAGGCCAUGGAAAACUCUGCCUUCAUGAUCCUCCUGCUUACCAAGAACUUCCCCUGCAACCUGUGUCUGUUCCAGACAGACACUGCUCUCAUGCAGUCCAUUCUGGACCCCUCCAAGCAAGACUCGGUCAUCCCGUUUCUACCCAAGGCAAACGCCCUGGAGUGCAGCCGGAUCCCCACAAUGCUCAGUGUGCUCGUCACCCUCAACGAGAGCUCUCCCCUCUUCUCCAGGAAUGUGCACAAGACUUUUAACCCCAAGAAGAUCAGGGAGAAGAAAGCCCUGUGGGACCAGAUGCAGAGAAGGAAGCUCCAGGCCCGUUGGGAACGGCACCAAGCCCUGCAGAACUUGGCUGCCCUGAGCCUGGGCUCCCCUCCCUGGGUGCCUCCAGCAGUGCCCCAGCCGUGGCCAGCAGAGCCAGCAGCCCAGCACUGGUGUCCCCCUGCCCCCAUGGAGCUCCCUGCUCAGCAGGGCCCUCCCCCUUCCCAAGCACAGCUCCCCCCAGGGCACUACAACAUCACGCCAGGCCCCGGGGGGACCCCAGCCCUCAUCAUCCAACACGCCCGCAUGGUCCAGAUCGGGAACCACAACGUGAUGCAGGUGGAAACUGCCCCACCUGGGCCAGGGGACAGCCAGGAGCAAACCAGGCACAACGUCUGACCUGGCAGCCAAGGUCACAGACAAAAUUCAUUUCAAAUCCUGGAUUAGAAUGAUUCUGUUGGGACUGGGACUAUCAUUCUAUGCAUCAAGAGUACCAUCUUCCUGAAGCACAAACUCAAAUUCUUCAUCUUUUGUUGGAAAAGAGAUGUGGUGAUCUCUUGGAACCACUUUUCCUUAUUUUCAAGUAACUGAGAAAAUUAUUUUCCUGA